AUGGCCCAAGAUAUGCCCCCCAAGGGCGGCUACCAGCCCGUCCAGUACAAGCGCAACCUGCCUGCCCGCGGCUUCCGCCCUGGAACUCUGCUCAUCGGCAUGGGCAUCGUCAUGAGCUACGGCUGGUACAAGCUCUUCCACGGCAUCCGCGAAGCCAACGAGCUUGCCCGUGAAAAGAUGUGGGCUCGCAUCAACCUGAUUCCCCUGCUCCAGGCCGAGGAGGACCGCGACCAGGUCCGCAGAUACUGGGCCGACCAGAAGCGCGAGAAGGAGCUGUUGGGCGAGAACACAAAAGUCUACCACAACGACCGCUUCGUGAGACCGACUCUCGCCGUCGCCCCUGCCCCCUCCAAAUAA